GGCAACCACGGGCCGAUCGGUCACCAUGGAAACAUCGGUCACGGGGCCGUCCCCACCCUUGGGAUGCUGAAGGAUGAAGAGAAACCAGAGCAGCCUAAAGAGACCCAGUAUCUCAGUGCAAACUUGUGUGUUGAUGGUGUAUUAUAACGGUGACAUAUCGUCCAAUGUGGAUGAACAUUUCUCUCGGGCACUUAGUCAGCCCAGUAGUUAUAGCCCGGAAGGAAAAUCUAGCAAAGAUCCGUCAUUAAUGUGUCAGCGCAAAUUCCCUCCUUCCUUCUGGAACAGCAACUAUUACAGCCAUGGAUCCUUCUAUUCGGACUUCCAGUUUCCAUCCGGACACUACUCCGCUUCGUCAAUAGCCGGAUUCUCUGGAUUUCAAGACCCAUGGUUUUCCAGAUUCUCCUCGCAGUCGCACACGUUCCACCACAGACCUAUGCACUACGAUUUCCCUUAUCCAGCUAUGAGUGCAAGUAGAUACAAUUCAAACAUUGGCUCUUUACUCUUGCAGUCUGCAAGAUCUGGACAUUUCCCCGGAAGUGAUUAUGGGAAGUCUACAGAAUCUAAAUUUAGAUACCCGGACUACAGACUUGGGACAGAUUACCCUACACAAAAUUCUUUCCCAGGUCUGGAAGCUACAGCCACGGAAACAUCAUCCGGUCGGGAUCUGUACCUGUACUGACAGAGCUCUAGCCCUAAUAUCCUAGUGCUACCUAGUUUCAGCUAGCCGACCUCCAAAAUGACGUCACUGCCGGUGCGCGAACGUCACAUAUCCCGAACGAUGUUAGAACGAGUCUCAUGCAGAUGGCUUAUUUUUUUUAAAAUGACUUAAAAGAAGCUGUAAAAGAUGUCCCAGCGUUUCCAAAACAAGUUAGAAUACGAUACGAAAAGAUGCGGACAACAAUGCAUUGCGUUUGUCCUGUUUAUAUUUUUUCAUAUUUCCAAACUAAACGAAUAAGGUUACAUUUUAAUUCUAUUUUUCUUUUCGUACAAUUACAUGUGUAAUUUGUUGAAAAGUAAGCACCUAAAAAAUACCAAGAUUUCGCCCAAAAUAAAGCAUCAUAAGUGGAAUGUUCAAAGAUUGGUACAUAUCGACCUUGCAGGUUUUGUGAAUUGUGACACAUGCAGAAAGUCUUCUUGAAAACUAAUGCAUAUAUUAAAAGACAAAAAGUGUAUUGAACAUGAACUAUUUACGAUGAACUUCAACAUUGAGAUGGUCAUUAGUCUCGCAUGUUUCCGAUCAUGUGUGCUGUUGUUUGUAUUGGUGUAAAUAUUCACUACUCAAAGUUAGACUUU